UCUGCCUGAGACUCAGAGAGAGCGAGGAGCUGGGAGCUGUACUCCAUUCCAGCAAGACAUGCCAGUCGACAUUACCACCCGCCUGUGCCUGGGCCACUCUCCACCGCCACUGGGCAGCGUCCCAUCUCUGUGCGCGGAGGGUCUGCGAGGAGUCCGGGUGAGGUGCCUGGGUCCGAGCCCACUGCGGCCAUGCCUGAACGGGAGGACGAGCGUCCGGGGCUGUGGCCCGGACACCGCCGGCAGCAGCAAGGAGGAGAAGAAGAAGAAGGUGGUGUUUGCCGAUGCCAGGGGGUUCUCGCUGACCGCCGUGCGCCUCUUCUCCGAGCUGGAGGAUGAGCUGUCAGACCUUCAGUUUGAGCUGUCUGAUCUGGCGGCGCCUCGGCCCACCGAAGGGGAGAGCCUGGGCCUGGAGCCAGGCCUAGGCUUAGGCCCAUGCCUGGGCCUCAGGCCAGACUUCACCCAGCCCUCAGCCGACCUCGCUGCCUUCCGUCGGCGCCUGCAGCGGGACUCGGUGUGUCUGGAGAGCAGCACGGUCCAGGGGAGCCACAUCUUGGGCACUGUGCGGGUCAGAAACCUGGCCUACGAGAAGCGGGUGGUGGUGCGGGUCACCUUUGAUGCUUGGCGGACCUUCCACGACGUGACAUGCAGCUACGUGCAGCCUGAGGAGACAGCGGCGAUGGGAGGAGGAGAGGAUGCCUUUUCGUUCAAGGUGGAACUGCCCAAGCGAACCAAGCCCCUGGCCUCGGUUGAGCUGUGUGUCUCCUUCCAGUGUGACUCCGUCACCUUCUGGGACAACAACCAAGGGCAGAAUUACAGGUUCAGCUCGCCGGGCCGCAUUGCCGGGGACGAUACCGCCACCCAGGAGGACUGUCCGUCCCCGUACUACACUCGGGGCAAGACUCAAGAAGGGGAUCUCGAACAGUUUGGCAGCCCUCGCUCAGUCAAUGCCAUCUUCUCCCAGUGGCAGAGUUGGGGCUGGUUGGAUGCUGAUUGUUACUGGUAACGGGUCCUGCCCUGGCUCCUGACCGUUCAUUCGUUCGUUUGUUCGUUUGUUUAUUCGUUCGUUCUGAGUUGGGCCACUCACCAGAUCCAUUGGGUUGGGCAGCACUUCCCUCGGGCUUUCAUCGGUGUUGGGAUGGACUUCACAGUGCAAUUGGAAAGCCACGUAGACGAUGGGUGCUUCCCAGCUCCUCUCGCUGUUGUAUCGCCACUGAGGAUGAGAAGCUCAACCUGUCAAACGCCUCCUUUAUUUUCCCCCACCUGCUGUUCCUAUCUACCCUGCCACGUGGUGAGGAGGAGGGGUCGCUGUUUACGCUAAGAGGCGGAUAAGGAGUGCUCCCCGCUAAGUCGGCCCGACUGAGGUCUUGUCGGAAAACGCCCUGUUCCCAGAGUGUCCUCCAUCCUUCGCGUUUCCAGUGCGUUGGCGUUGCAGGACGAGCCAAAAUUUCAUGUCCCUUUCAGAAGCGGCGACCGUCGGCAUUCACCCAGUCUUGUGCGCGGGUCGCUUUUUUUGAGGAUCGCGACGGGGAGGGGGGAGCGAAUUCUGAGGCCGCGUCUUCUCGCUGGUGGCGAAUGAGUGGAGCCUGCAGAAUUUUUUUUUUUUUUUUUUUUUUUUUUUUUGGACCUCCAUUUCGUACUCUGAGACGGCAGGGUCCGUCGGAAGGCCCACCCUGAUAGGCGUUUGUUUCCUGCGUUCGCAGCCCCACCCUCCCCCACCCCCAGUUUGGACUGGGCCUGGUUUCCGCUGUGCCGAUCCUGUUGAGCGUGAGAGUGGAAAAGCACAAAAGGUUUGCCCCUUCCCUACCCCCAAAGCAUGCUCACACACUCCCUCCCCAGUAUUGAGUUUUUUUUAAAGCGUUCAAUUAUAACAGAUUUGGGUCUCGAACCGUCAGGAGCUUCACCUAUUUUGAGACACUUGCCCCUUCAGGGGUUGGAGGGAGGCAUGCGCUUGAUGCCAGUCCCAGGGGCAAUGCCCUAUUCUUGGUUGAUGUUUGUCCAGAAUCCAGGAACUGAGGGAGAGAGAAGUGGGCACUGUAGCUGGGCCCUGAGUGUUACUCAUCAUUUUUUGUUUGUUUGGGUUUUCAGCGCUACAACUCGCUGGCUUUUGAUUGAACUCUGACAGUCUCUUUAGUCUCCACUGCUCUUGUAACACUUGGGGCCAUCGACUUUUUUUUUAAUCCCUACUUUUGAUUUCCUGAGCCCGACGCCUUAGACUGUGAAUGUGUUUGAGGUUUUCCCUCAAAAGUCCAAAGAAGUCUAUGCAGGUGAAUGUAAAAAUAGGCGAAAUAAGUCACGAUUUUUAGAUAGAGAUCUGCAGUUAGCAAAGUGAUGGAAGAGUUUGUUCUGGCCGUUCAAGCUUCGGGCGAUAUUGCACUCAAACAGGUCCUUGUUGAAACUCGAUUGGCAGUCUUCAGGAAGCUAUUAAUUUGUCUGAAAGCUCACCCUGGACUCGAAUUGAUUUCUGAGCGACUUCUUCAUAUUGAAGAUUCUGUCAAGGGGAGAGGAAAGCUUCACAAAAGGUGGCUGCCCAGGCCUUUUGCUGCUUGGCCCCUUGUUCCCUGUCCUAGGAGUUAAUACCUGUCCCUCGACUGCAGCCAUCACUGUGUGCCGCAAAGUCCCGGCAGUAGACCAGAUUGAAUCCAUCACAGCCGGGAUGUGAUCCUGGCAGUAGCCACCAGGAGGCAGUGCUGUCACUUGUUCGAUCUCAGCUCUGGUGUGUGUGGCUUUGCCUGGGGAAGAAUGUGAGGGGCAAUAAUACAAGCUCUGUCAGUGCAGGAUCUGACCUCGCUCAAUUGGGACUCUGUUCUCUCAACUGCGUUCGUGUUGUCUGAUUCCCUUCGUUUUUCAUGGGUAAAUAAAUUGGGCCCAAAUCGCCUGAAGUCAGCUUGUUUGACAAUUGACUUCAGAGCCGCAGACACAGUCCAAUUGAGAGGUGUGCUCAGCUGAGCAGUGAUAUCCUAUGCUUGUUUGCACACUGGUAGUAAGCUCCGUCCCUGGACAUGCAAAGCUAAGGGGGCCCAGGCUUGGGCGUUGAGGGGACCGGUCAAGGACAGGAACCUUCCUUGUCGUCUUGGCUUUCUGUUGAAGCUGUUGAUUUAGACCAGAACUGUGUUGACACAGAUUUUACUAGAAAGGGCUUUCUCUGUGGGAGCUAACAGUGUCCUGCCUUCACAGUCGGCAGACUGUGAGGGAGAUUUGAAUGGGCCUCUGUUCAUCAAACCGUAUUACUGCUUGUGUAUUCUGAAGUGUCCGUUAAUGUUUGAUGUAAAUGUGCUAUUUUGUAUACAUAUGUUUUAAAAAAAAAAAUAAAGUUGAUAUGAAGUCAAAUUGA